AGUACCCAUCAGGUCCACUGUUUUAAGAUUAAACAGCUGCCUUAGCCAGGAACACCUCAACAAUGGCGGGCUAUCUUGAAGCUUAGUUAGUGGUCUUAGUACAAGAUUCUAGCGGAUCAAGUCGCUAUCGCGAGGCCGCCGAUAAUCCUGGAAAAACAACUUUCUUUUGUGAAUCCAUUCAUCUUGUCAAAAGGUACACACGGGGAAAAUUAGAAGCCUAUGCGUCACGUCUUCGUUGAUAGCAACUAAUUACCGUGAUUUACUACGGUGAUUCACGGCUUAGAAACGAAUCUUACAGAUUUAAGUCGCGCCAUCAACGUUCAAAAUAUUACUCCCGCGUGGCCAAUAUUACGGAAUGGUCGAUAAGUGUUGUUAGAUAUUCGGCAUAUUCAUUGAUGUUCAGAAGAUGGAGAACCCCUCUAUAGAGCCCGACGCUAGGGAGUCUUUGGGUGUCGAACCCAAGACUGAACCAGACAAUCGACCAAGCGUAAACGAUGGACCUGAAGCAGUUGAGGUUGAAGCCGACGAAACAGGCGCAAACGACACCACGUCAAAGAAGAGACCAUUAGGUUUCUACCUCUCCUUCCUUGCCGUCAACAUCUUAGUCUUCCUAUUCGCCCUAGACACUACUACUCUCGCGGUGGCUAUUCCGGCUAUCGCGUCCGAACUCCAUGCUACCACUUUAGAGUCAUUUUGGGCGGGAAUAUCGUAUCUGUUAGGUGUCGUGGUCAGCCAACCUCUAUAUGCGAGUGUUUCCAAUGUUUUCGGCCGUAAGCCGCCUCUUUACGUGGCUUUCGUAUUUUUAAUCGCUGGUACUCUCACAUUUGCCCUCGCUAAGAAUAUGGAGUCGAUUGUUGCCGGCCGCGUUCUCCAAGGUUUGGGUGGCGGAGGUCUUGACGUCCUCGGCGAGAUCAUUGUGACCGACAUGACCACCCUCAAAGACAGACCUACGUAUCUUGGAAUCAUGGCUCUACCUAUCGCGAUAGGUAGCAUCAUCGGACCAACGAUUGGUGCGCUUUUUAGCGACUACGUUACUUGGAGAUGGAUAGGUUGGAUUAACCUGCCUUUUCUCGGUGUUGCCUGCCCUCUUCUAGUCCUGUUCCUCCGAUUACGAAAGCUCGAUUCGUCCCUCGAGGACAAGGUGAAACGCCUGGACUGGGGUGGUAUCUCGCUUUUUGCCGUCGGAUGUAUUGUGUUCGUCCUACCCUUGAGUUGGGCUGACUCUUUGUACCCGUGGAAUUCUUACCAGACGAUCCUACCCCUACUUCUAGGAGCCGCGGUUCUUGCGGUUUUCGCUUUCUACGAAGCCAAGCCAGAAUCGCCUGUUAUACCACAUCGAAUGUUCCGCUCCCGAACCGCGACAAUUACUCUUAUUGGCGCUAUCCCUUACGGCAUGUCAUUGAAUACACUUGUACAAUAUCUUCCUCUAUUCUACCAAGCCGUCAUGCUCGAUACCCGAAUCGGAUCAGCCGUAUCCUUAUUGCCCACCAGCGUUACUUGCGUUUUGGCCGCCGUUGCGUCUGUAAUCGCCGUAGGAAAAGCUGGUAUAGGGUACAGACCAAGGAUGUGGGUGGCUUGGGCUUUAGUAACAGCAGGAACUGGGCUGUUGAUCCUCCUAGACUCAACCUCGUCCGAAAAUAUGCGCCGCGGUAUUCCCGUAAUUUGGAGCGCAGGUAUUGGUGCACUUUUACGUCUUCAACAUCUCCCCAUGCAAGCAAGCGUACCGAGCGUUGACGACACCGGCUACGCCAUCUCCCUGCUACUGACAUUUCGAUGCUUAGGAGGUCUGCUUGGUCUCGCUAUCGGCUCUACAGUAUUCAGUAGUUUCUUCGGGCCGACCAUCGCAACUGUGGGACAGCUCCCCGACUCUCUCGCUCUCUUACGAGAUCCUCAUAACGCUAUUAACUUCAUUCCGACUUUGCGAACGCUCAAUCUCCCCGCCGACGCUAUAGCCCCGGUAUUAGAUGCGUACCUAAAGUCUUUCCGCGCCGUUUUCUACGUCAUGCUCGGAUUCUCAGGCUUUGGCUUAGUAACCUCUUUAUUCAUGGAGGAGCUGACCUUGCAGAAAGCCGAACGAGGACGACAGCAAUUCGAAUCAUAAUUCCUAAUACGACAUAAUAAGAUCUCACGCACGAAUCGGAAUCGAUGACGAGUAAUCCGGCUAUAGAGGGUUAGAUCCGGUAAAACAAUAUUAGAACAUAAUACGU